AUGGAAAGUCGCGUCGUCAAAAAACAGCUAAUUUUCCGCUUUAAUGGCCCGAAUAGACCGCCUCGGCAAUCUAAGGUGGAAAAUGGCAAGUCAAAGGACACUGUCUAUCAUCCCCGCCGGCCCCAUCGCAAGUCUCGAGCUGGCUGUUUGAAUUGCAAGAAACGGCGGAUCAAGUGUGAUGAGACAAAACCCGAGUGCCAAAAGUGCAUGACGUACGGCGUAGGCUGCGAUUACUCGACAACAAUGGUUCAGCGACGUCAACCGAUAUUGCACGCGGGAUCUCGUCAAAUUGCACCCAGCCCACAUCUUCUGCCUUCAUCGAUACAAUUCUCGAUGUCUGUGGCCGAUUUAGCUGAUAAGAUCGAACGGGUCCUACAACUUGAUGAGUCCACUGAUAGGGCUUUCCUCCAGGUGAUGAGUUCAAUAAGCCAUAGAACUGUGGAAUUUUUCCAUCACUUCAUAACUAUGGCCGCCCAUGCGUCUUCGUCGUCUGAUGCUCAUAGACGAGUCAUGAGUGGUAAAAUGAUUCAACUUGCUUUCCAGAACCCAAGCCUCAUGCAUGCCGUUUUUGGCGUUGCAGUAACACACCUCCGCCGUCUUCUGCCCUAUGACAAAUCCUAUGCUAUUGCCGCAGGGGUCCAUUGGGAGCGUGCAUUAAGACUUUACCGUAGGGAAAUUUCAAAGCCAAUUGACGAGCACAAUAUGGACCCUCUAAUGUCGACUUGCAUGUUAUUGGGUACCAUCAUUUUCAGCCCGGAGGAGUGUAAACCAGAUAGUUCUUGGGUGUUUUCAUCGGAUCCUACGCGGCUCUCGUGGCUGUUGGGCCAGUCCGGGCUUCGAUAUAUCCUCGAGACCAUCACCUUCCAGCAACUACGGCAAAGCAUUUGGUUCGAAGCUUUCAUGGAAUCUGAUGAUGAGGAUCACACAUUCAACAAUAACUCUCCGGGCCGGGAGGGACUGCACCCGGAGCUUGCAGAGCUGUGUGAGAUCAACGAAACGACCACCGAAGAAUCCAAUCCAUAUCACUGGCCACUCCGAAUGCUCAGCCCCAUGCUGCCUCUCAAAGCGGACAGAAACAACUUUGCGAAACUCAUCCCCUUCAUUGGGAGACUCUAUCCCGCAUACACCAAGCUCCUACAGGAGAAGGAUCCCAGGGCGCUCCUCAUACUAAGUUAUUGGCUUGGGAAACUGUGCGAGGAGAAGCAAUGGUGGACAUACACCAAAGUUUCUUCCGAGUGCUUCGCAAUUUGCAUGUACCUUGAACAUAAGGAGGACCCUCGAAUUUUGAAAUUGCUUCAGUAUCCCGCGGAGAAAUGUGGUUAUGUCUUGAACUAUGUCCUCAAAGAUAUAAUUGCGCAAGAAAACGAGGGCCUCGUUUAUUUCCCCUGA